AGCCCAAUGCCCAGACUAUAAAAGCUACCAGAAAUCCUCACAUCAACCAGUCACGUAGUUUCUCCCAUCAUCUGAACAACAGCCAGAAUCCCGAAGAGCAGCAUGAGCGACACUCUGAAGGAAUCCCUGUUUGAGAAACUCUGCCAACUUCAGUGUCACUUCACGUGGAUUCCACAGAAGGACAACACUGACUUCAGUGAUAUGAAGCUUAGAUUACAAGAUUCUAUAAAACUUGGUGUCAAAUAUCAAGCCACAUCCUACAACCAACUUGCUUUUGUAAACUGUCGGCAAGGUGACUAUGAAGAAGCCAUUCAAAAUUUAAAGGAAGCGGAAAAGAUUUGGAGAGAGAACCACAACAAUGAAUUUGAAAGAAGGAGCAUCAUCACCUAUGGAAACUUUGCCUGGGUGCAUUACCACCUGGGACAACUGACCGAGGUCCAGUCCUACCUCGACAAGCUCGAGAUGAUCUGUAAACCGCUCAGUGAUGGCCCUCGAUAUACAGCAAUGAUCCCUGAAGUGUACGGGGAGAAGGGAUGGUCAUUGUUAACUUUUGGUACAAGUGUUUACUAUGAGGAAGCAAAGGAAUGUCUUGAGAAGGCUUUGAAAGAAGAUUCCGAUAAUGUGGAAUGGACGAUGGGCUAUGCAACUGCUCUUUACCGUCUGGAAACAUGUUCUGGUGUUCCAGAGAAACAGGAGCAGAGUCAGCCAGUGAAAUAUCUGCGACGGGUGCUGGAGCUUGAUCCAGAUGACACAGUGGCCAUGGUUAUGUUGGCCCUAAAGCUGCAAGAGUUCAAUGAAGCAGAGAAAGCAAAUGAAUUAGUUGAAGAAGCAUUGAGGAAGACCCCAGAUCUGCCAUAUGUGCUUCGCUAUGCAGCAAAGUUUUACAGAAUAGGACGAGAUGUCGAUAUUGCAAUAGGCCUGUUGAAGAGAGCUUUAGAAUUUACCCCAUGCUCGUCCUUCUUACACCACCAAAUUGGUAUAUGUUACAGGGAAAAACUGUUCACUCUGAAAAAGAAAGCAGACCACAACUACCCUGACAGAGCUGCAUUGCAACAGAAAGCUGAGUUGAUCAGUAAGUGCAAAUAUCACUUUGAAAAGGCAUUUGAACUGAAAUCAUCACUUAUUCUUGCAAAAUUGGAUUUUGCAGGAAUCUGCUUAGAAAAUGGAGAAGUAGAUCGAGCAGAGGAGAUCUACAACAGUCUGCUGAGCUUGGAGGAUCUUGCUCCAGAUAAUAAGCAGGCACUAGAUUUACAAAUUGGAUUAUUUGAACUGUAUCACAAAAGAUCUGAAUCAAAUGCCAUCGUUUAUUUUCUGGACGGACUUAAAUUCCUGCAUGGAAAUAAACCAUGGAAGCUCUGUUAUAGCAACUUGAGAAAGAUCUUAGGAAAACAAAUUCGGCGAAAUCCAAGAAACGGCAAAGCCUUUGGAAUUCUUGGGAUGGUGCACCAGCUGGCUGGGGAGAAGGAUGAGGUUGUUGAAUGCUUUGAAAAGGCCUUGGAAUUUGAUCCUGGCAAUGAAGAAUAUCUCAAUGCUCUUUCUGAAUUACGCCCUUCAACUUAGGCUCCAGAUACCCAAAGAGAUCCAGGAGUACUGUGACCGUGCAAAGCUUGCUCUGCAAGAAAUUGGAAUGAUUUAUAAAAUUCUCAAAUGACAUAGAAACAUAGAAACAUAGAAAAUAGGUGCAGGAGUAGGCCAUUCGGCCCCUCGAGCCUGCACCGCCAUUUAUUAUGAUCAUGGCUGAUCAUCCAACUCAGAACCCAGCCUUCCCUCCAUACCCCGUGACCCCUGUAGCCACAAGGGCCAUAUCUAACUUCCUUUUAAACAUAGCUAAUGAACUGGCCUCAACAGUUUGCUGUGGCAGAGAAUUCCACAGAUUCACCACUCUCUGUGUGAAGAAGUUUUUCCUAACCUCGGUCCUAAAAGGCUUCCCCUCUAUCCUCAAACUGUGACCCCUCGUUCUAGACCUCCCCAACAUCGGGAACAAUCUUCCCGCAUCUAGCCUGUCCAAUCCCUUUAGGAUCUUAUACGUUUCAAUCAGAUCCCCCCUCAAUCUUCUAAAU